AUGGAGGCGAGUGCACGCCGGUGUUUUUUGGAGGUGUACACGGACGGGGGCAAUGAACCGCGUCUACUGCAGCUCGAGCCGACGGUGAAGUUCUACAAUGUGCUAAAGCGCCUCGGCGAGGGGGGUGACCUUUACUGGGGUGACCACUGCAUCGACCCUCAGACGACCCCCGCUGCCCUGGGUAUGGCUUGCGGCGUUGACGAGGCGAACACGCUGUGGUUUAUACCAGCCCCGCCACGUGCGAAGCCGUACAGCGUUUUCCGCGAUGAUCCUACCGUGUCUGUGGAUUCGCCGCCGUUGGCGGAUGCCACCGAAUGCCUGGGACACCGCCCUGGCUGUGGCACGUCGCUUCCCGCGGUCCUUGAGGGUAGUGCCGCUCCACGCUACAGCAGCGGCCACGGUGCAGAGCAUGGUACGCUCCUUGGAGCACGGAUGGCGUCUUCGUCAACUGUCCCAACACCCUCGUGGUACACUCGGCCGCGCCUCUUGUCCCCUGCGCCACCGUUGUUUCCUCCGUCGGUUGUGACACCGCUUAACUCUGCUGCGCAAAUGUCGCCAACGCGUCGGCCACGCUUGGCGCAGCCUCCCGCUCUGAGGGCGAUGAGAUCACCACACUCGCAAGUUCAGCCGCCGUCGAGGAUGCCGCGACACCCCGUCGCGGAUGCGGCCAGCGGGACUGUCGAUGUUCUCGAAGGUCGUGGCGAGGGAACGGCGCCUAUGCGCUAUUUGUACGUAGCGCGGGCCCCACGUACGCCACCGCUGCAGCACUCUGCCGUCCCGGUUCGGCGCAACGCACCCGUAUUCAUCGAUCCCAAUACCCUCGUCGAUGCCACCUAUGAUGCGGUCGAGGCGCUCCAGAGAGAGCUGCGACACUUACGCGGCGAGAUGCGAGCGAUGCGGCUCCCCAGCAUGGAAGCGCCGUCGGCGUUGCCAUCGCCGAUUUGUCUCUCGACGAUGGAACGGAGUGUGGAGGAGCUCGCGACGGAGCUGCAUGAGAAGCAGAUGCGCCGCCUUCGCGAGCAGCGUCGCUUCCUCCUGGCCCCCCACCCCGGGGUCUAG